AGCCGGAGAGGCGCGCACCAUGAGCGGCGGUGAAGUGGUCUGCUCCGGAUGGCUCCGCAAGUCACCCCCGGAGAAAAAGUUGAAGCGUUAUGCCUGGAAGAGGAGAUGGUUUGUGUUACGCAGUGGCCGUUUAACUGGAGAUCCAGAUGUCUUGGAAUAUUACAAAAAUGAUCAUGCCAAGAAGCCUAUCCGUAUCAUUGAUUUAAAUUUAUGUCAGCAAGUUGAUGCUGGAUUGACAUUUAACAAAAAAGAGUUUGAAAACAGCUACAUUUUUGAUAUCAACACCAUUGACCGGAUUUUCUACUUGGUAGCAGACAGUGAAGAGGAGAUGAAUAAGUGGGUUCGUUGUAUUUGUGACAUCUGUGGGUUUAAUCCUACAGAAGAAGAUCCCGUGAAGCCACCUGGCAGCUCCUUACCAGCACCAGCUGAUUUACCACUGGCGAUAAAUACAGCACCACCGUCCACCCAGGUGGAUGCCUCCUCGGCUGCUCCACCUCCUCCGUAUCAGCUAAUUAGCCUUCCACCACACCUGGAAACCCUUGGCAUCCAGGAGGAUCCUCAGGACUACCUCUUGCUAAUCAACUGUCAAAGCAAGAAGCCUGAACCCACCAGCCAAGGGUCAUCUUUUGUUUCUGAAGAAGGAGAGGAAUACCUACUGCUAGAAGAUUUUGAAAGCAAAACGAUUCCAUUGCAAACGCACGCUGAUUCUGCGAAAUCCACCCCUUCGGAGACAGACUGCAAUGAUAACGUCCCUUCUCAUAAAAAUCCUGCUUCCUCCCAGAGCAAACAUGGAGUGAAUGGCUUUUUCCAACAGCAGAUGAUGUAUGACUCUCCACCGUCUCGGGCUGCAUCCGUUUCUGUAGACUCCAGCCUUUAUAACCUGCCCAGAAGUCACUCCCACGACGUCUUACCAAAGGUGUCUCCUUCAAGUACCGAAGCUGACGGAGAGCUCUAUGUUUUUAAUACCCCAUCCGGGACCUCGAGUGUAGAGCCUCAAAUGAGGCAUGUAUCUAUUAGUUAUGACAUUCCUCCAACACCUGGUAAUACUUAUCAGAUUCCACGAACAUUUCCAGAAGGAACCUUGGGGCAGACGUCAAAGCUAGACACUAUUCCAGAUAUUCCUCCACCUCGGCCACCGAAACCGCAUCCGGCUCAUGACCGAUCUCCUGUGGACACGUGUAGCAUCACACGCACAGCCUCUGACACUGACAGUAGUUACUGUAUCCCGACAGCAGGGGUGCCACCGUCCCGUAGUAAUACCAUUUCCACUGUGGAUUUGAACAAAUUGCGAAAAGAUGCUAGUUCUCAAGACUGCUAUGAUAUUCCACGAACAUUUCCAACUGAUAGAUCUAGCUCACUCGAAGGCUUCCACAACCACUUUAAAAUCAAAAAUGUAUUGACAGUGGGGAGUGUAUCAAGCGAAGAACUGGAUGAAAAUUAUGUCCCCAUGAAUCCCAACUCUCCUCCACGACAACAUUCCAGCAGUUUCACAGAACCAAUUCAGGAAGCAAAUUAUGUGCCAAUGACUCCGGGGACAUUUGAUUUUUCUUCAUUUGGAAUGCAAGUGCCUCCUCCCGCUCAUAUGGGCUUCAGGUCCAGCCCGAAGACCCCUCCUAGAAGGCCAGUUCCUGUUGCAGACUGUGAACCACCCCCCGUGGAUCGGAACCUCAAGCCAGACAGAAAAGGUCAAAGUCCUAAAAUUUUAAGACCUAAACCCCAUGGUUUAGAGCGAACUGAUUCACAAACCAUAGGUGACUUUGCUACAAGAAGAAAGGUCAAGCCAGCACCUUUAGAAAUAAAACCUUUGCCAGAAUGGGAAGAAUUACAAGCCCCAGUAAGAUCUCCCAUCACUAGGAGUUUUGCUCGAGACUCCUCCAGGUUUCCCAUGUCUCCCCGGCCGGAUUCAGUGCACAGCACGACUUCAAGCAGCGACUCACAUGACAGUGAAGAGAAUUAUGUUCCCAUGAACCCAAACCUGUCCAGUGAAGACUCGAAUCUUUUUGGCAGUAAUAGUCUUGAUGGAGGAAGCAGCCCAAUGAUCAAGCCCAAAGGAGACAAACAAGUGGAAUAUCUAGAUCUAGAUUUAGAUUCUGGGAAAUCCACGCCACCACGUAAGCAAAAGAGCAGUGGCUCAGGCAGCAGUGUAGCUGACGAGAGAGUGGACUAUGUCGUGGUUGACCAACAGAAGACCCUGGCUCUGAAGAGCACCCGUGAAGCCUGGACCGAUGGGAGACAGUCCACAGAGUCUGAAACGCCAGCCAAGAAUGUGAAGUGAAAAUGCCGCUUUAAUGUCUCUGAACAAAAGAGGGCCGAGCUGUAAGGAGAAAUCCUGUUUGACCGAAGAUAACUUGACCCUUGUACUCUAGGUAGAUCCUCAACUGAACAGAGUCGAAGUCAGAGGACCUUUCAGACUUAAUCAAGCCAUUGAGCGUGUAAAUGGUGCUUUGUGGUAUCUGAACAAUUCAUCACAUGUAAAUAAUGUGGGAAAAUACUGUUGUUUGGUUCCCAGAGAAACAUUUGUUUCGUAGUUAACACACUUGUAGUAUUACUGUAUUUAUGCACUUUUUCAUUUAAAGCAUUGGUUUGGGUAUUCCCGAAUGGACCUUAACAUGAUUCUUUUGGGAGUUCUUGUUUUUCCUCACACUACUCUUAAGAACGAUGCUACGUGAACUAAGCUACUUUCCACUGGGAAAUUGCUCUUUCAGCUGCAGGGUAACAACAUGACGUGAGAAGUAGAUUCACAAUAUACCUUUCUACCUGAAACUUAACGGGGUAACCGUUAGCUUAAACUACAAAGUAGAGUUGGACUCAUCAUUCAUUGCCUUCCAAAGUGCUAAGCAUCAUGUACCUACUGGUGUCAGGACUUUGUUCUCUGGUUCAUGGACAUUUGGUUUUCAGUGGUGGAACUUUCUCAUAUUUUGUUAAUUACAGUGUUUUGGGCUCAUUAAGUGAAGAUUCUGCCAGGUGGGAUCUUACACCUUGGAAAGAGUGAAUAAUCACAGUAUCAAGUAAGCGUACAACUCACUGAUGGCAUGUGGUGACGAUGUGCUCUCACAUUUUCAACAUGUAUUAAACUUUACGUUAUUUGCAAAGUGUAGAUUAUAUAACUAAUCAGGUACGUACCAGGCACUGAUGUGCUAAUACACUGAUCAGGUUUAGACAGUGAGCUUUAGUUGUAUUCGUGUUAGUCCUCUAACGCUGGUUUCCAGUUUGGAAUUAAUGGCACAAUUGACAUUCACUGUUAGUUAUAGCAACAUACUGUGAUUUUUAAUUAGACAGUCAUUCAGAUUUAUUACUCUAAGAAUGAAAUUCUGUCUUUUGACACCAUAG